GUGACGACCACAGACUCCGUCGUGGCAACCCGUUCCGAGCAGUCCGUUCGAUGUUCACUGUAGUGUCUCUUUACGUGUUUUUUUUUCUCUAAAAAUGUGCGUAAGUUGUAUUUACCGUGUGCGUGAUUCGCAGUAUACAUAAGUAAAUUUCCCUUUGAUUUUUCGUACAUUCGCCGACAUGGUUUUCGUUCGACGCUUUAAUUGCUAUUCGUUUUUUCCCACGCGUAGCUUCGCCGUAUCUUCACCCUUUUGAUUAUUGCUUGCAGAGAUUUACGCGCAUCAAUCGAGUCUUUUAUAUCACAAAAGUUUGCGCAAAGAAAACGUAAAAUGGCGAGAAAUUUCUCCGUAUGGACUAGGAGUUUAAUGAGCGGCGCCCUCUUAAUGUUAGCCUGUGAAAUGAUUUCGGGAUCAAUUGAUUAUAAAGUUCCCGAAGAAACAAUUUCACCUUUGAUUGAAGCUACUUCAAUACGUGGUCCUUAUUUUGACAAAAAUGCAUCCAAGAACGUAACUGCACUUGUUGGUCAAACGGCUUAUUUGAAUUGUAGAGUUAGAAACCUUGGAAAUCGAACGGUGUCUUGGGUUCGUCACCGCGGCAUACAUUUAUUAACUGUAGGAAGAUACACCUACACUAGUGACCAAAGGUUUCAAGCAAUUCACUCGCCACAAACAGAAGACUGGACAUUACAAAUACGUUAUCCUCAAAUAAGAGAUAGUGGUUAUUAUGAGUGUCAAGUCGGUACAACACCGCCAAUAGGUCAUGCAAUGAUAUUGACAGUUGUUGAGCCUAUAACAACCAUUAUUGGUGGACCCGAUAUGUUUAUCAACAAAGGUAGCACUAUGAAUCUUACUUGUAUCAUAAAGCAUAGCCCUGAACCGCCGCCAUUGAUUUAUUGGACACAUGACUCAAAGGAAAUAAACUAUGACUCAGCCAGAGGAGGCGUAAGUGUCAUUACAGAAAAAGGUGAAGUAACCACCAGUUAUCUGUUAGUUCAAAGAGCAACCAACACAGAUUCUGGAAAAUACACGUGUCAUCCAAGUAAUGCGAAUCCUCAUACUGUCGUAGUACAUGUUCUCAAUGGAGAACAUCCAGCAGCAAUGCAAAAAGGAUCAAAGCUCAGUUUAAAAUCGUCACUAUCAAUUUUUAGCGUUUGCCUUGUGUUAUUUAUUAGUACGUGAUUUAUAAAUUAAUGCAUCAUAAAUGUUUUAAAUAAAAUAUACAAAAUAAUACUCAUAUUAUUAGACACAAAUUUGUAAUUAUUAGUUAUCGGAAAUAUAUGUAUAUACUAUAUAAAUAUAUGUACAAAAAAUUAAAUGAUUUUUUUGUAUGUUUAACUUUGGGGAUUUAUUUUGUUUUAUGCUAUUUAAAUACUAAAUUUUUUAGAACUAAAACAACAAUUCAAACCCAGAAGAUGAUUCAUUAGUUUGGUUAAACCUAUUAACAUUAUAUUGAUUGUUAUAACCAUUUAAUAUUACACAAUCUCAAGUAAUUCUUAAUAAUAGAUUAUUCAAAUAAAAAAUUUAUAUCAUAAUAAAACAAAGACAAUUGCUUUUUUAAUAUAUUUAUCACAGUAACUUAAUUAUUGAAAGAAUUUGGAGUUGAGAUAUUCUUUUAAAACUUUCAAUUAUGUGAUGGAAAUGCUUUUUUUUAUUUGGAGAAGGUGAAUUUUUGUAAACAAGUCGUGGCAUCAAAACCAAACGGUUUUAUGUGAAUAUUUUAUUUUAUAAUUUUACAAGAAAACGUUUCUUAAAUUAUUUUGAUUAACUUUAAUUAAUUUCUACAUCGACAUUGUCAUAAUUGUGUACAGCUUUAUUAUUUAAAAUAAAAUAUGUAUCUAAACUUGUUUGGAGAAAAAUGUUCAAUGAUCUUUUUAUAUAUUAUACUAAUUAAAUGUAAAACCUGAUACCCAUGAGCUGAUUGUUUGAUCUAAAAGCAAAAUAUGAUAGAUGAUUUAAUCAUCUCGUCAGUUUUAAUUUUGUUUUAAAUUGUUCUAUUUUCUUAUAUAAUUAUACUAAGUUUUGAAUAAUAAUUAAAUAAAAUGUAUUUUAAAUAAAUUUGUAAAUAUUAUAUUAUAUUUGUUUUAUCUACAAAUUUUAUGUUAAAAAUUACCAAACAAAAUCUGUAUAUUAUAUUCACAUUUCAUUACGAUAUACUUUUAUAAUAAAUUGUUAUUAUACCAAAAGAGUAUAUUAUUUUUGUUAAAUUAUUACUUAUGUAAAGCAAAGGGAAACAAAAUUUCUAAUAAAUAAAUAGUUUAAC